AUGACGGAUGUUACUAUUGAAAAUCAUUUUGAGUCUAUUACGGGGAAAACAAAUAAAAGCUUUGAGCAAAUUUGGAUAAAAAGUUUUGAGGAAAAUUGUAGCACUUUAAUAAAUAAUCAUGAAAAUCAAGAAACGUCUUUGAAUGAACAUGAGAUUAUGUAUUAUAUGAAAUGUUCUAUUCGGUUAUCAUACUUGAAUUUAGAACCAACUGAAGAAUACGUUGAAGCUAUCAAAGAUGCUCUAGAUAAAAAAUUAAGCAAAGCACAAAGAAGAAAGGAACUGAAUAAAGUUGGUGAAAAUUAUGGCUUUAUUU